AUGCUGAAGCAGGUGCCCCGGGCCGCGGGCACCGCCUGCCUGUACCUGAACGCGGUGUCCCCCGAGGGCCAGGAGCUCUUGUGGCGCUGCGAUCCGGCCGCCCGGCGCCCUCCGUACAGGACCAGCAGGAUUCUUGCCCGUCACCAGCUGGUGACGAAGAUUCAGCAAGAAAUCGAAGCAAAGGAAGCGUGUGACUGGUUACGUGCAGCUGGAUUUCCCCAAUAUGCUCAGUUCUAUGAGGACUCCCAGUUUCCCAUUGACAUUGCUGCAGUAAAGAAAGAUCAUGAUUUUCUUGACAAGGACCUUGUAGAACCUCUUUGCAGACGACUGAACACACUGAACAAGUGCGCCUCAAUGAAACUCGAUGUGAACUUCCAAAGAAAAAAGAGUGAAGAUUCAGAUGAAGAAGAUCUCUGUGCUAUCAGUAAUAAAUGGACUUUCCAAAGAACCAGCAAACGAUGGUCUCGGGUGGACGACAUUGACGCUCUGCUUCACCGGUCCGACAGACAUGGCUCUUCUGGGGACAUUAAAAUGAAAAACACGACAAGCAGUGAGAGCGUCCUUACAGAUCUGAGCGAGCCUGAGCUCUCAUCGAUUCACAGCGAGAGCAGUGGGGGCAGUGACAGCAGGAGCCAGUCUGGCACCACCAGCGCUGCCAGGGAGGCCUGUGACUGCUCUGCCCACCACGAUGUGGAGAGCACCCUGCUGCAGGACUCCGCUGCAAUAAACACCGCCCCGUCCCCCAGGGACGGCCUGAAGAAUGAAAAUCCAACACGAGCCAGAGCGAAAACCUUUCUAAAACGCAUGGAGACGCUGAAAGCAAAAGCUGUGCAUGGAAAGCUAAAAGGCUCAGGAAGAACAGGUCCUUUAGAGAUCAGUGGACCAGUUCUCCAGUUUGAGCCAAAAUCCUUGAAAGACAUGCACUGUGUGCAGAUAGUCAAUGGCAAUCUUCAGAAUUUGGGGCAAGAUUCAGUCAAAAGAGGGCUUCCCUCUUCUGCCAAAUCCAGCAGUGACAGCAGCCAGUCCGAAAACAGCAGCAGUGGGGUGAGCACGCUGUGUUUGAAGGAACGCAAGUGCCAUGAAGCAAACAAGAGAGGUGGGAUGUACCUGGAGGACCUGGAUGUUCUGGCAGGAACAGCCUUACGGCAAGUGGUGGACCAAAACCGCAAAAAUGAAUUUCAUUCCCAAGAGAACUUGGUUGUGCACAUUCCCAAGGAUCACAAACCAGGGACCUUCCCAAAGGCACUCUCCAUCGAAAGCCUCUCACCUACAGACAACAGUAACAGUGUAAACUGGAGGACAGGCAGCAUCUCUUUGGGAAAGCAGAACUGCUCUACUCCAAAGGAAUCUGGCCUGAUGGCUUGCUGUCCUAAAGAGAGCAGAAUUAGUAUUUAUGACAAUGUGCCAGGUUCCCACUUGUAUGCUAGCACUGGGGACCUCCUGGACAUAGAGAAGGAUGUCCUUUUUCCUCAGUUAGAUGACAUUUUGCAACAUGUCAAUGGACUGCAGGAGGUGGUAGAUGGCUGGUCAAAGAAGGUGUUGCCAGGUCUGCCGGUUGGUGACGUGUCAGUCAGGGAAUCCCCACCAUUGCCUUUCCAGUCGCCCACACAGAUCACUCUUGAUUUUGAAGGAAACUCUGUGUCUGAUGGCCGGACCACCCCGAGCGACAUGGACAGAGAUGGAACAUCCCUGAAUGAAUCUGAAGCCACUGGUGUUAGGGACAGGAGGGACUCUGGGGUGGGAGCAUCACUCACAAGGCCAAGCAGGCAGUUACGAUGGCAGAGUUUCCAAAUCUCUCAUCGCCUGAGCCGCUCCAUUGCAUCACUUCACAUCAGCAACCAGUCAGCAGCCCAGCUGAAUCUACUGCAAAAAUUCUCUCUGCUUCGACUCACUGCCAUCAUGGAAAAGUACUCCAUGUCAAACAAACAUGGCUGGACCUGGUCUGUGCCAAAGUUCAUGAAGAGGAUGAAAGUCCCUGACUACAAGGACAAGAACGUCUUUGGUGUGCCCCUGAUAGUUCACGUCCAGAGAACGGGGCAGCCUCUUCCCCAGAGCAUACAGCAAGCCCUGCGCUACCUACAGAGCAACUGUCUAGACCAGGUGGGUCUGUUUCGGAAAUCUGGAGUGAAAUCCCGAAUCCAGGCCCUGCGCCAGAUGAACGAGAGCUCCCCAGAAAACGUCAGCUAUGAGGACCAGUCAGCAUAUGAUGUGGCUGACAUGGUCAAGCAAUUCUUCAGGGACUUGCCAGAACCCCUCCUCACAAGUAAACUAGGAGAGACUUUUCUGCACAUCUAUCAAUAUGUCCCCAAGGAGCAGCGGCUGCAGGCGGUGCAGGCGGCCAUCAUGCUCAUGGCCGACGAGAACAGGGAGGUGCUGCAGACCCUGCUCUGCUUCCUCAGCGACGUCACCUCCGUGGAGGAAAAUCAGAUGACUCCCAUGAACAUCGCUGUUUGUCUGGCCCCUUCCCUCUUCCAUCUCAAUAUAGUGAAGAAAGAAAGCUCUCCAAGAGUAAUACAGAAAAAAUAUGCAACAGGGAAGCCAGAUCAGAAGGACCUCAGUGAAAACCUGGCAGCUACUCAGGGACUUGCUCACAUGAUAAUGGAAUGCAACAAACUUUUUGAGGUCCCACACGAGAUGAUCACCCAAUCCCGAAACUCCUAUGUUGAUGCAGAAGUGCAUUCUCCUACCCUGGACGAGCUUGGGAAACAAGUGGAUGAGGAAGGAGGGAACUAUCAGAUGUACCUAGAAAAUCUCAUGCAAAAUCUCCAGAAAGAAGCAAAAGAGAAAUUCAAAGGAUGGGUCACAUGUUCCAGUGUAGAGAACACAGAACUCGCCUACAAAAAGGUUGGGGAUGGGAACCCACUAAGGCUUUGGAAAGCCUCAGUUGAAGUUGAAGCCCCCCCAUCAGUUGUCCUGAACCGAGUGCUGAGAGAACGUCACCUCUGGGACGAGGACUUCCUGCAGUGGAAGGUGGUGGAGAGCCUGGACAAGCAGACAGAAGUUUACCAGUAUGUUUUGAACACCAUGGCUCCUCACCCCGUCCGAGACUUUGUUGUUCUCAGGACAUGGAGGACGGAUUUGCCCAAGGGGAUGUGCAUGCUGGUCGCCAUCUCUGUGGAGCAUGAAGAGGCUCCUCUCAUGGGAGCUGUGCGAGCCAUCGUCAUGGACUCCCAGUACUUGAUAGAGCCCUGUGGCUCAGGGAAAGCCAGGCUGACCCACAUCUGCAGGAUUGACCUCAAAGGACAUUCCCCAGAGUGGUACAACAAAGGCUUUGGACAUCUGUGUGCAGCAGAAGUUGCCAGGAUCAGAAACUCAUUUCAACCUCUGAUUGCUGAGGGACCAGAAACAAAAAUCUGAGGAAGUGUUCCUGGGAGCAUGUGAGCAUAAAUCAGGGUCUGGCAGGGAACAGGAAUACUGAAAGUAAAGGUCUGAUUUAAGCUGCAUAAAUCUGACCAGACCUGGAUCUGUACAAAGCUGAAAAAGAAAUUUUAUAGGAAAGUUUUUUUAUUCUGGAGACUUCACCUUCCCCCUUCCCCUGCAUCCACUAUGUAUUAAUUUUUAUUCUUGAACUAAACAUUUCUUCAGAGAGCUUUUAUUACUUUAAAAACAGAUUAUUGCCAUUACUUGUAUGUUACAUAACUCUGGUAUUUAAAGGCUUCUAAGAAGCAUAUUUUAAUUGUAAAUAAAUAAUGUACAGUAUGUAUAUAUUUAUCUAUAUUCUAUCUAUAUAUAUGUAUAUGUAUAAAUUAAUUAUUUUGUAUAUAACUCAGUGCAAAUCACUUGCAUCAGUUGGACCUUAAGUGGACCUGUCACUUGUUUCUCAGUGUGUCACUGCUACAUAAGCUGUGUUUGCUGUUGUCACAGAGCUACCAGGCCUAAUUCGCGUGGUAACAAACGCCUGUUCCCAAAUGUGUUUUGUGUUUGUGUGUGCUAUGAGAAGGUACCUAGAAAUAGAUGUAGGAAGCAUUACAGGAACUAAGGAAGAAGGAGGUUACAGUGCAUUUAAAAAUAAUGAGGAGGGAAUCAGUCUCACCAAAUAAAAUACAUGGAGAUGCAUCUGAGACAGACAUUGUGGAGGCCAUUUAUGUUCAGCUGCAGAAUUGUGACUUUUAGCAGAAGGUGUUGAAAACUUACCUGUUGCCUUAAAUGACUGGUGUCUGUCAGUAGAGACCUCACUGUGUGCAGUGUUCCAGGUAACUGCUCAUCCUCGGACAGCACAAGGUAAUGCUGUGUGUCCUGAGAUGGCUGAAAUCAAGACUGGUAACUUAUUAAGCUGUAAAUUAAUUUUUUUGGUAAGCAUUUUGUCUAGGUUCUGAGUGUUUCUGUGUUCUUUCCUUCUCCCAUAGAGAUAGCUAAUCCAAAGCAGGUUUUCCACAUCCAGUGGACACAAAGACAUGCAGAUGAACACCAUGCCUUUUAAUAUUCUUACUAUACAAAUAACUAUGCUUUUUUAAGAUUUUAAACACAUCUUGGAGAUUUAAAAGACUACAUAAAUGCUAUUCUUGGAAAGAUUGCUUUUAUAGUAACAGCAAGUAUUUUCAUCUUAUAUUGCACUGUUCUGCAUGAUCCCACCUCUGGAGGCAUUGGUGGGAGCAGGAUUAGGACUAUGAGGAGUAGGAGCCAUUUAAGCCUAUUAUAUAAUUUCAUUUUCAGGGACCUAUUAUUUUGCUAAUGGAAGAAUGCUUUAAAAGUAAUAAUAAUAAUUAGUCGACAUUGCCUUUAAGGCAGGGUUCCAUUUUGUUUUUAACUAACCUACGACCAAAAUGUUAUUACAUCUAUGACUCAGUAAGAAUGUACAAGCCUCUUAAUACUGUUCUUCAUUAAUCGCAUUUGUUCACUUAGACUUUAUUUAUUGCUGCAUAAACCAGCAGAGUCACUCACAGCCAGUGUUUCAGCUCAGUCCUUCCAGCAAAAUCCAGAAAGAUUAGUAUGAGGUGGAUUAAGCAGGAUGCAUUUCCUAUGUGAAGCUACAGCUUUGUGCCCCAAUUCAAUGAAUGAGGAAGUCCCUUCAAAGUCAGAGAUUUGAACGUUCCCCAGGUGUAGGAGCUGUGCAGUGGAUUGUGUUUGGUGACAGCUGCUAGAGCAUGACCCCAGGUGCCAUCGUGCACACACACGGGGGCUGUGCUGGCAGGGGACAGCGCUGCGAACUGAGGCAGCACACCUGUGGGAGCUCAGCGUGCCCAGGGUGACCCAAGGUGACCCACAAUGCUUAUGAAGGAGCAGGACUCCAAAAAAAGUCACUGUCAUCUUCACCCAUGAUCUGUGUCACUCAUGUUUUGUUGUGCAAGUGCUGGGAUCAGGGAUGUUGGCUGCCUGGGAGCUCCUGCCUCAAAUUGAUGGCCAACAAUAGUUGCAAUGUGCAACUACCAUGAGCUUUAAGUCCUGCAGACAGGGGAGCACUCACGGGGCUGUUACGUGGCCGUAGUGGGGUCUGGCAGUCACCCGCUGGCUGCAGGGCACCCCCACUGCCCAGGCUCAGCCUUCCCAGGAGCAAACAGUGCCUCCCCAGCUGGGAAUGCCAUUCCAGAAAGCAGCACCUCCUCCCAGACGCCUGUGGCCAUGGCAGCAGAUUUCAUGCCGGCCGUUUUCCAAAACAUGAGCAAUUAGAGUACUUCUGCUACAUUAGUUUACAUAAAUAAAUACAGCGGUGCCUCAGCACUAACAGGCACAGAAUUUCUAGCCCUGGGAAUGGCAGUGUCUGGCAAUAAAUAAUGUCCUAAGGAAAAGAAGGGAAAACCUGGACAGUGGUUUUAUCCUGUCUCACAAGUCGUUGCUCAGCUGGAAGAGGCCCUGUGCCAUCUGCCAUCCUUAGCAAGGUAGGGUUGUUCUCCUGCCCUUGCAAAAGCUCUGUCAUGAGCUUCUGGCAUCUCCAAGCCAUGUAUUGUUGAUAUAAGAUUUCUUCAAAAUGCACGUUAUGCCAUGUCUACCAUUCAGCUACCACAGUAUUUUGUAUUGUUACAUUAUGAUAAUUGCAUUUUUAAAUGUUAUACUCAUAUCAAUACCUCAUAUUUUUACCUCAUCAGUUGGUAUCAGUCAUUAGUUGUAAAUAAAUAAUUUCAGAGUUGAAUA